UAUGUUAACAAAAAGUAUAAGAUUAUUCAGACAAUUUAGAUUUUGUUCAGCUAUGGAAGAUAUUACUAAAAAAUAGGCUGAAUGGUCAGCCAUAGCAAAAUAAAAAACAUAAUAGUAAUUUAACCAUUAAUGUCAAGACAAUAAGAUUAUUUAGAAUAAACAUUAUCAUAAGACCAAAAAUUAAGAGUAAAGACUAUAGCAGAUGCUUGUUGUGAACUAGAUCUCUUUGAAUUGUAAUGUUUGAUGAGCUUGUUGAAUGAAAAUCACUAUAAGGCUCAAGGAAUUGGUCUCUUUGAGAUUGAUUCAAAUUGGCCUGUAAUCAAACAAAAUGAAGUACCAACAUGGCCUCCAAAAGAAAAAGAACAAAUAGAAGCAUAUAUGAAAGACUUAUUUGGAGAGAAUGUCGUAAGAUCAUAAUUAAAUAUCUUAGCCUGAUUUCAAAGCUAUUUUUGGUGGUGUAGGAUCAAUUGCUAAUCAAGCACCAGCUGCUACUUAAAGUGAAGCUCCAAAAUAAGAAGAAAAGAAAGCUGAUGCUGCACCUAAAGUUGAAGCAGAAGUAAUAAUUAUUAAAAUAAAAUAAAGAAAAAAAAUUAUGAUAUUGAAUUGAAUGCAAUUGAUGCAGCAUAGAAAAUUAAGAUCAUUAAAGAAGUUAGGUAUUCAAUAAAAAAAAUCAAUAUAGAUAAUUACUCAACUUAGGAUUGAAAGAAGCUAAAGAUUUAGUUGAGAAAUUACCUGCCAAUUUAGGUAAGUAAGUACCAAAAGAGAAAGCCAAUGAAUUAAAAGAAAAAUUAACAGCUGCUGGAUGUACAAUAAGUUUGAAGUGAU